CCCGGCUUCUUCCUGCAGCAGAGAACAGAAGGCAGUUCACCUCUGCUCCUGACAGCCUGGGAACCCGCAAGAGCCCCAGCAUUUGAAGUCUGGUCUUGUGAGACCCCACCCUCCUCUGGCUGUGUGAUCGAAUGGGAUGCCCUCAAGGUUCACCUCACCUGAGAGGUUUUUGGGCAGAUCAGCAGUAAGGUGUUAAAUUUUAGGAGCCUGAAAACCCCAGAAGAGAAAGGACAACCAACUCAAACCUGAAGACAUGAAAUCCCCAAGGAGAACCACUUUGUACCUCAUGUUUAUUGUGAUUUAUUCUUCCAAAGCUGCACUGAACUGGAAUUUCGAGUCUACUAUUCAUCCUUUUAGUCUUCAUGAACAUGAACCAGCUGGUGAGGAGGCACUGAGGCAAAAACGAGCCGUUGCCACAAAAAGUCCUACAGCUGAAGAAUACACUGUUAAUAUUGAGAUCAGUUUUGAAAAUGCAUCUUUCCUGGAUCCUAUCAAAGCCUACUUGAACAGCCUCAGUUUUCCAAUUCAUGGGAAUAACACUGACCAAAUUACCGACAUUUUGAGCAUAAAUGUGACAACAGUCUGCAGACGUGCUGGAAAUGAAAUCUGGUGCUCCUGUGAGACAGGCUAUGGGUGGCCUCGGGAAAGGUGUCUUCACAAUCUCAUUUGUCAAGAGCAUGACGUCUUCCUCCCAGGGCACCAUUGCAGUUGCCUUAAAGAACUGCCUCCCAAGGGACCUUUUUGCCUGCUUCAGGAAGAUGUUACCCUGAACAUGAGAGUCAGACUAAAUGUAGGCUUUCAAGAAGACCUCAUGAACACUUCCUCUGCCCUCUAUAGGUCCUACAAGACUGACUUGGAAACAGCGUUCCGGAAGGGUUACGGAAUUUUACCAGGCUUCAAGGGCGUGACUGUGACAGGGUUCAAGUCUGGAAGUGUGGUUGUGACAUAUGAAGUCAAGACUACACCACCAUCACUUGAGUUAAUACAUAAAGCCAAUGAACAAGUUGUACAGAGCCUCAAUCAGACCUACAAAAUGGACUACAACUCCUUUCAAGCGGUUACUGUCAAUGAAAGCAAUUUAUCUGUCACACCAGAAAUCAUCUUUGAAGGGGACACAGUCAGUCUGGUGUGUGAAAAGGAAGUUUUGUCCUCCAACGUGUCUUGGCGCUAUGAAGAACAGCAGUUGGAAAUCCAGAACAGCAGCAGAUUCUCAAUUUACACUGCCGUGUUCAACAACAUGACUUCGGUGUCCAAGCUCACCAUCCACAACAUCACUCCGGGUGAUGCAGGUGAAUAUGUUUGCAAACUGAUAUUAGACAUUUUUGAAUAUGAGUGCAAGAAGAAAAUAGAUGUUAUGCCCAUCCAAAUUUUGGCAAAUGAAGAAAUGAAGGUGAUGUGCGACAACAAUCCUGUAUCUUUGAACUGCUGCAGUCAGAGUAAUGUUAAUUGGAGCAAAGUAGAAUGGAAGCAGGAAGGAAAAAUAAGUAUUCCAGGAACCCCUGAGACAGACAUAGGUUCUAGCUGCAGCAGAUACACCCUCAAGGCUGAUGGAACCCAGUGCCCAAGCGGGUCGUCUGGAACAACAGUCGUCUACACUUGCGAGUUCAUCAGUGCCUACGGAGCCAGAGGCAGUGCAAACAUAAAAGUAACAUUCAUCUCUGUGGGAGAUAAUUCCAGCCACAAAAGUGAAGUGCACGAGGUCCUAAGGCAUGUGAUGGAAAUGAGUACAUUGCAGAGCACCACCAGGAACAGCCUAGAAACGAGUAAAGCCCGGGAGCAGCAAGCCAAUCUAACAAUAACCCCGGACCCAAUUUCUGUUUCUGAGGGACAAAACUUUUCUAUAAAAUGCAUCAGUGAUGUGAGUAACUAUGAUGAGGUUUAUUGGAACACUUCUGCUGGAAUUAAAAUAUACCAAAGAUUUUAUACCACGAGGAGGUAUCCUGAUGGAGCAGAAUCAGUACUGACAGUCAAGACCUCGACCAGGGAGUGGAACGGAACCUAUCACUGCAUAUUUAGAUAUAAGAAUUCAUACAGUAUUGCAACCAAAGAUGUCAUUGUUCACCAGCUGCCUCUAAAGCUGAACAUCAUGGUUGAUCCUUUGGAAGCUACUGUUUCAUGCAGUGGUUCCCAUCACAUCAAGUGCUGUAUAGAGGAGGAUGGAGACUACAAAGUUACUUUCCAUGUGGGUUCCUUGUCCCUUCCUUCUGCAAAAGAAGUUAACAAAAAACAAGUGUGCUACAAACACAAUUUCAAUGCAAACUCAGUUUCCUGGUGUUCAAAAACUGUCGAUGUGUAUUGUCACUUUACCAAUGCUGCUAAUAAUUCAGUCUGGAGCCCAUCUAUGAAGCUGAAUCUGGUUCCUGGGGAAAACAUCACAUGCCAGCAUCCCAUAAUAGGUGCCGGAGAGCCGGGGAAAGUCAUCCAGAAGCUAUGCCGGUUCUCAAAUGUUCCCAGCAGCCCUGACAGUCCCAUUGGCGGGAUCAUCACUUACAAAUGUGUAGGCUCCCAGUGGGAGGAGAAGAGAAAUGACUGCAUCUCUGCCCCAAUAAACAGUCUGCUCCAGAUGGCUAAGGCUUUGAUCAAGAGCCCCUCUCAGGAUGAGAUGCUCCCUACAUACCUGAAGGAUCUUUCUACUAGCAUAGACAAAGUGGAACAUGAAAUCAGCUCUUCUCCUGGGAGUCUUGGAGCCAUUAUUAACAUCCUUGAUCUGCUCUCAACAGUUCCAACCCAAGUAAAUUCAGAAAUGAUGAUGCACGUGCUCUCUACGGUUAAUGUCAUCCUUGGCAAGCCCGUCUUGAACACCUGGAAGGUUUUACAACAGCAAUGGACCAAUCAGAGUUCACAGCUACUACAUUCAGUGGAAAGAUUUUCCCAAGCAUUACGGUCAGGAGAUAGCCCUCCUUUGUCCUUCUCCCAAACUAAUGUGCAGAUGAGCAGCAUGGUAAUCAAGUCCAGCCACCCAAAAGCCUAUCAACAGAGGUUUGUUUUCCCAUACUUUGACCUCUGGGGCAAUGUGGUCAUUGACAAGAGCUAUCUAGAAAACUUACAGUCAGAUUCGUCUAUUGUCACCAUGGCUUUCCCAACUCUCCAAGCCAUCCUUGCCCAGGAUAUCCAGGAAAAUAACUUUGCAGAGAGCUUAGUGAUGACAACCACUGUCAGCCACAAUAUGACUAUGCCAUUCAGGAUUUCAAUGACUUUUAAGAACAACAGCCCUUCAGGUGGCGAAACAAAGUGUGUCUUCUGGAACUUCAGGCUUGCCAACAACACAGGGGGGUGGGACAGCAGUGGGUGCUAUGUUGAAGAAGGUGAUGGGGACAAUGUCACCUGUAUCUGUGACCACCUAACAUCAUUCUCCAUCCUCAUGUCCCCUGACUCCCCAGAUCCUAGUUCUUUCCUGGGAAUACUCCUGGAUAUUAUUUCUUAUGUUGGGGUGGGCUUUUCCAUCUUGAGCUUGGCGGCCUGUCUAGUUGUGGAAGCUGUGGUGUGGAAAUCGGUGACCAAGAACCGGACUUCCUAUAUGCGCCACACCUGCAUAGUGAAUAUCGCUGCCUCCCUUCUGGUCGCCAACACCUGGUUCAUUGUGGUAGCUGCCAUCCAGGACAAUCGCUACAUACUCUGCAAGACAGCCUGUGUGGCUGCCACCUUCUUCAUCCACUUCUUCUACCUCAGCGUCUUCUUCUGGAUGCUGACACUGGGCCUCAUGCUGUUCUAUCGCCUGGUUUUCAUUCUGCAUGAAACAAGCAGGUCCACUCAGAAAGCCAUUGCCUUCUGUCUUGGCUAUGGCUGCCCACUUGCCAUCUCGGUCAUCACGCUGGGAGCCACCCAGCCCCGGGAAGUCUAUACGAGGAAGAAUGUCUGUUGGCUCAACUGGGAGGACACCAAGGCCCUGCUGGCUUUCGCCAUCCCAGCACUGAUCAUUGUGGUGGUGAACAUAACCAUCACUAUUGUGGUCAUCACCAAGAUCCUGAGGCCUUCCAUUGGAGACAAGCCAUGCAAGCAGGAGAAGAGCAGCCUGUUUCAGAUCAGCAAGAGCAUUGGGGUCCUCACACCACUCUUGGGCCUCACUUGGGGUUUUGGUCUCACCACUGUGUUCCCAGGGACCAACCUUGUGUUCCAUAUCAUAUUUGCCAUCCUCAAUGUCUUCCAGGGAUUAUUCAUUUUACUCUUUGGAUGCCUCUGGGAUCUGAAGGUACAGGAAGCUUUGCUGAAUAAGUUUUCAUUGUCGAGAUGGUCUUCACAGCACUCAAAGUCAACAUCCCUGGGUUCAUCCACACCUGUGUUUUCUAUGAGUUCUCCAAUAUCAAGGAGAUUUAACAAUUUGUUUGGUAAAACAGGAACGUAUAAUGUUUCCACCCCAGAAGCAACCAGCUCAUCCCUGGAAAACUCAUCCAGUGCUUCUUCGUUGCUCAACUAAGAACAGGAUAAUCCAACCUACGUGACCUCCCGGGGACAGUGGAUGUGCUUUUAAAAAGAGAUCCUUGCAAAGCAAUGGGGAACGUGUUCUCGGGGCAAGUUUUCCGGAGCAGAUGCCAAAAAGACUUUUUCAUAGAGAAGAGGCUUUCUUUUGUAAAGACAGACUAAAAAUAAUUGUUAUGUUUAUGUUUGUUCCCUCCCCCUCCCCCUUGUGUGAUACCACAUGUGUAUAGUAUUUAAGUGAAACUCAAGCCCUCAAGGCCCAACUUCUCUAUCUAUAUUGUAAUAUAGAAUUUCAAAGAGACAUUUUCACUUUUUACACAUUGGGCACAAAGAUAAGCUUUGAUUAAAGUAGUAAGUAAAAGGCUACCUAGGAAAUACUUCAGUGAAUUCUAAGAAGGAAGGAAGGAAGAAAGGAAGGAAAGAAGGGAGGGAAACUGGGAGAAAUGGAAAAAGAAGAAAAAGAGAAAGAUGAAAAUAGGAACAAAUAAAGACAAACAACAUUAAGGGCCACAUUGUAAGAUUUCCAUGUUAAUGAUCUAAUAUAAUCACUCAGAUAGUGCAACAUUGAGAAUUUUUUUUAAUGGCUCAAAAAUGGAAACUGAAAGUAAGUCACGGGGAACUAACACUUUGGGCAGCAUCUUCCUGAUGUCUUCUUAGCUAAGAGGAGGAAAAAAAGGCUGAAAAAAUAGGGAGGAAAUUCCUUCAUCAGAACGACUUCAAGUGGAUAACAAUAUUUAUAAGAAAUGAAUGGAAGGAAACAUGAUCCUCCUGAGGCUAACUUUGUAUGUUAAGGUUUGAACUAAGUGAAUGUAUCUGCAGAGGAAGUAUUAUAAAGAUAUGCCAUUAGAUCCAAGUGCUGAUUAAAUUUUUAGUUUAUCAGAAAAGCCUUAUAUUUUAGUUUGUUCCACAUUUUGAAAGCAAAAAAUAUAUAUUUUAUAUACCCUUCAAUUGCCAAAUUUGAUAUAUUGCACUGAAGACAGACCCUUUCAUAUAUUUAAUGGCUUCAAGCAGGUACUUCUCUGUGCAUUAUAGAAUAGAUUUUAAUAAUCUUAUAGCAUUGUAUAUUAUUAUUGCUGUUGUCACUGUUAUUGUUAUUGUGGAUAAUGGCCCUUGGUGUGUUGCAUAGCUCCCUAUGUAUUCUCUGUUUCCAUCUUUAAGUUCCCAGACCAAUAUACAUUAAGAGUUUUGCAUGGUCUAAGUUGUGUUUAUUCCAACCACUUGGAAAGCUCCUGGAAAGAAAUUUUACAUUCGGUUGUUCUGUGCUCCUAAUGACACUUGACCUUGUUGAACAAAUGGCAGAGCCUUUCCCAAGGAUUGGAUUGUUUGUGAAUUAUCUGCAUGUGUGCUUUUUUUUGGUGUGUAUUUCAUUAAAAAAUAUAAAUAUUUAUGAAAA